CCACGCGAUAACUGUCUAAACAUAGUGAAUCGUUGCGAUGUUGUUAGCCGGUUUGUGCGCCUUUUUUUAACGUUGGUAGAGUGGAGAAAAUAUAACGUAGUUAGGUAUAUAGUUACAUAUUGCGAAAUUAAUAAACAGAGUCUCGUUUAAUUGUAAGAAAAUAAUGGUUACUACUAUGAAAUUAUCUCUUGGUUCACGAUGUGUCAAAUAUCUGAUGUUCAUCUUCAAUCUACUCUUCGUUAUCACGGGUAUAAUCUUAUUAUCCAUUGGUAUUGGGAUUCAUGGAGUUUAUCACAGUUAUCAACAUUUUCUGGAUAAUAAAUUUUUAUCUGUUCCCUCUCUGCUGAUUGCAAUCGGUGCAAUUAUAUUUUUCAUAGCCUUUUUCGGAUGUUGCGGCGCUGUACGCGAAAGUUAUUGCAUGAUAGUUACGUUCACGUCAUUGUUGGUGGUAGUUUUUAUUUUGGAAUUCUCAGGUGGUAUAUCUGGAUACGUUCUAAGAGCCAGGGCGUCCUCAAUUAUUCAGAAUAAGAUGGAAGAUUCAAUGAAAAUGUAUAAAAACAAUACAGAAGUGUUAAAUGUUUGGGAUAAUCUUCAGCGCGACUUCGAUUGUUGCGGCACAAGAAACGCGUCCGAUUGGGUAAAUUUUGGGCACAUGAGCGAGACGGACAUUCCUGUCUCGUGUUGUAUUGAUGGGACAGGCGUAGAACCGAAAAAUUGCAGUCUUACGUCAGCAAUGGUACACCAGGGUUGCUAUAAUAAGUUCCUUUCUUUUGUUAAAUCUCAUGCUAUGCAACUUGGUGGAGUUGGACUCGGCAUUGCUUUCGUUCAGGCGAUGGGAAUCUGCUUCUCAGUUUUCUUGGCUCGAUCGAUUCGAAACAGUUACGAAUCGGUCUAAUAUCUUUUCAGCGAUUUGAGAACGUAUCACGUACAUCAUGAUAAAAUGAAGAUUAGAAAUUAAUUCUGAAUGAAAGCUAUAAUCAUAGUCUAAUCUUAAGAAGCGUUAAAUGAAAAGGUAUUUUACGUUUCUAGGAUUUUCUAUCAUAUUAUAAUCAAAGAGGCUAUUGAAUAUGGUAUGAAGAUUGAAAUAUCUACAUAUUUCCUUUGUUUUUAAUAAUUAAUGUUUAAUGAAAAAGCUAAUCACGACAAAUUAUGUUCCUCUCGAAACCAUUUAACUUUUAUUUGAAACAUUUUUCAUUAAGAUCAUUGCUUGUACAUUGUACAUUGUAAUCGAAGUGGAUCCAGUGACGUGCAUUUAGGCAUUCUAAAUCUUGGAUUAAAAAUGUUACAUAUAAAUUAAUAUUCUACUUACAAUCCAAGUUGACAUCAUAUCGAGCCUAAACACGGCUCUCAUGCACCUUUUGUCUUCCCGAAAGUGCCACAAAUUAUAUAUUUCAGCACUGGGCACGUGAAAACUUUAGCUUCCCGCUGAUUUUACGCGACAUACCCUAUCCACGUACAGGAUGUUUUCCUAAAAGAAGAAAGAAAAAGAUGAUAAUAAUAAUAGUAAUAAUGGCCUCGAUACAUUCGAAAAAAUGGCCACAGAAAUAGUUCUGUCGUACAUUGUGUCCUUCCUUUAUUUCGGAACUACUCAGAUUAUGCUUUAUACAUUUGCCGACAAUAUCAUUCAAAACGAAGGAGAUAUUUAGAUAUUCGGGUUUUAGUAUCCCAUCCUGUCUACCGAUGCACAUAUCUUCGGUAAAUAUAAUAAAAAAGUUUUGCGAUCUCUAUCAGAAGACGUAAAAUGUUGUGCAUUCAGUUUGUACAUGAAAUAAAAGAGUAGAAAAU